AUGCGGCCGUUAGACGAGACCGAGACGACCGUCGUCUUCGAGAAGCUCUACAAAUUCGUCGGCAACAACCUCAAGAACAUCGUCGAGAACCCAUCGAACGAAGGACCCGACGCAGAAGCCGGCCGCUACUGCUUCCGCCUCCAGAAAAACAGAGUCUACUACGUCAGCGAGUCUCUCGUCAAGCGAGCCACAAACAUCUCCCGGAAAAACCUGGUCUCGCUCGGAACCUGCAUCGGCAAAUACACCCACGCCGGGAGCUUCCACCUGAACAUCAUGUCGCUCAAUCUCUUGGCGGCGAACGCCAAGCACAAGGUAUGGCUAAAACCCACGGCGGAGAUGUCGUUUCUGUACGGGAACCAUGUGUUGAAAGGAGGGUUAGGGAGGAUUACUGAUAGCAUCGUCCCCGGAGAUGGAGUUGUGGUGUUCUCGAUGUCUGAUGUUCCGCUAGGGUUUGGGAUUGCGGCGAAGAGCACGCAGGAUUGCCGGAAAUUGGAUCCGAAUGGUAUCGUUGUGCUUCACCAGGCUGAUAUUGGGGAGUAUUUGAGGGAUGAAGACGAGCUCUGA